AAGCAUAUCUCAAGUUUUGACAUUCUCUCCUGCUGCAUAUACUGCGGUGGAACAAGGUGUUGAAAAACGUGGGCGUUUACAGAUGAGGAAGAUACAGAGGAAAGGUAAUGGCUUGAAAAGUUCUAUUGUCCCAGGUGGGCCAAACAAAGGAAAGAGGAAGAAAUCAAAACAUCUAAACGCUAAGUCAAAUAAUUGCAUGAAAAACCGUAUCAGAUCCAUUGUUUGUACUUUCAUAACACUUUUAAAGAUCAAAAUAAGCCCAUUCUUCUUCCAACAACCUUGCGUACCGUUGCGUUCUUAUCAUGUGUGCAAGCCUUAUCCCUUCUACCCAUGCGGUAGGCAUGAGGGUCAAAAGUAUUACGCGGUAUGUCCUGAAUAUUUCUGGCAGAGACCAAAAUGUAGAUGGAUGUGUCAACUUGAUUAUCCUAUUCCGUACAAGAAGGACAAAGUAUACGACUUCAUGUAUUCAUUGAAAGCUAACGAAAAAACAAUCAGGAAGGAUAUUAUGAAAAAUGGACUUGUCGAAGCCACACUGGAAAUUUAUGAGGAUUUCAAAUAUUGCAAGCAUGGAAUCGAUGCUGAUACUAUUAUUGGUAGUCAAUCAAUCAAAAUUCUUGGAUGGGGUGUUGAGAAUAGAACUGAUUACUGGAUUGUUGCUAGCUCUUGGAAUACGGACUGGGGCGAA